CAGGCCCAGACCUAAAGAAGAGGAAAAACAAAGACCAAAGAGGAGAGAAAGCAGAGAGAUUAGAAUCUGAGAUCGAGCGUAGCAGGUUGAGUCAAUGGACUCUGCAGUAGUGGAUAGAAUCAUAGAGAAGCUUACAGAAGUCCGAUCUUCCAAGCCGGGGAAGCUGGUUCAACUCACUGAGUCUGAAAUCAAGCAGCUUUGUGUCGCCUCCAGAGAUAUUUUCAACAAACAGCCCAAUCUUCUUGAACUCGAAGCACCCAUCAAAAUCUGCGGUGACAUUCAUGGUCAGUACAGUGACCUAUUGCGACUUUUUGAAUAUGGAGGGUUUCCUCCUAAGGCUAAUUAUUUGUUUUUAGGCGACUAUGUAGAUCGUGGCAAACAAAGUUUGGAAACGAUAUGCCUCUUGCUUGCCUAUAAAAUUAAAUACCCAGAGAACUUUUUCCUUCUGAGAGGAAACCAUGAAUGCGCUUCUAUUAAUAGGAUUUAUGGAUUUUAUGAUGAAUGUAAGCGGCGGUUUAAUGUUAGACUUUGGAAAGCCUUUACGGACUGCUUCAACUGUCUUCCUGUUGCGGCACUGGUUGAUGAUAAGAUAUUGUGCAUGCAUGGGGGGCUAUCCCCUGACCUAUCAAACUUGGAUCAAAUCAGACAAUUACAGCGUCCUACUGUUAUCCCUGAUACGGGUUUGCUUUGCGAUUUACUUUGGUCGGAUCCUGGUAAAGAUGUUAAGGGGUGGGGGAUGAAUGAUAGAGGAGUUUCAUUUACCUUUGGCCCGGAUAAAGUGUCAGAGUUUUUGACAAAGCAUGAUUUGGAUCUUGUUUGUCGUGCUCAUCAAGUUGUGGAGGAUGGCUAUGAAUUCUUUGCCGAUAGGCAGCUAGUCACCAUUUUUUCUGCUCCCAACUACUGCGGAGAAUUUGAUAAUGCUGGUGCCAUGAUGAGUGUCGAUGAAAACUUGAUGUGCUCCUUUCAAAUUCUUAAACCCGCUGAGAAGAAAAACAAGUUUAUGACAUCAACAAAAAUGUGACUUCAUUUAUCAGUCACUCUCCGAAAUUUAUGAAAGACAUUUUAUCCUUAAUAGAGAAAAGCUCGUGGUUAUCAUCCGGCUUGGAAUUAGGGGAAAGCACAAUGCUUCAUACUCGUUUGCGUGUUGGUAUAGUACAAUUGGAGAUCAUCCUCGAUGAUGCCUUAUGCCUAUGCCGAUGGCCACACUGGCAGGAAACUGUCUCUUUUCCUUGCGCUUCGUCAAUUUGCUCGGAUGAAUGCUGUAUAUCUCCAGCACAGAAAUAUUUUCCAGUUACUACAACUAUUAUUUUCACUCUCUUCUAAUACAGUCUUAGUCUUAUGUGUAAGAAAUGUUAUUCAGUGCUUUUAUCUUCCAGUCUUGAGACCAUGGCACAUGAAAUAUGAGCCCUUUCUUGAAGGAA